GGUUUUUUCUUCGAUUUCACCUUCACAAUUCGGUUUGAUCUCGUAUCCAGUGUUAAUAUUGAAUUCUAAAGAUGUAAUGUAUUAUUUUUUUAGUUCAAAUGAGUACCAUAACUCUGAAAAUGAAGGGGCUGGUUCCUUAAAGAAAAAAAAUAAAUAUAAUCAAGUAUUUAAGAAAAGCUGGACCGAAGAGGAGCAAUUUACAAAGUGGAUUAAACAGGGAAAAGAUGAAUACUUUGCUAUGUGCCGCGUGUGCAAUAAAGAUAUUAUUAUUAUUUCCUAAAAUUUGCAUAAAAUAUAUAUCUACUGAAAUCUACUGAAUUUUUGGCAACCCAUUUACUGAUGCAAUGAAUAUCGAACUGGCAACACUGUUUGCGAUGUUGG